AUGGCCAUCAUCAAUUUGACCGCACUGUUUUCGCGCCUUGUGUCGAAUCUCCCUUACACUUCCCUUGCUCUACUUUUUUGUGUUGCAUAUGUUGCUGUAUAUCGCAUCUAUUUCUCCCCUUUGGCACACGUGCCAGGGCCAAAGCUCGCCGCUGUUAGCAGUUUGUACGAGUUCUACCACGACUGCAUCCGUCUGGGACAAUUUGUCUUUCGCCUGGACGAGUUGCAUAAACAAUAUGGCCCGAUUGUCCGUAUCGGCCCUAGCGAGGUCCAUAUCAAGGAUGCCCAGUUCUUCGACAAAUUCUACAAUGUGACAACCAAGCUUGACAAAUAUGAUUGGUUCUACCGAUUUGCGAAUACUCCCUAUGCGUCUUUCGGCACGAUAAAGGCAGAGGAUCACCGUCUGCGCCGGAGCGCUUUGGCCAAGCAUUUCUCGCCAGCCAGUAUCAUCAGGCUGGAUCCAGUGAUAACACAGGCCGUCAGCAUAUUAUGUCGACGGCUUGAAGAGCACCGUCGCGGGAAAAGGGUAGUUGACCUCGGAAAUGCUUUCAGAUGCUUCUCCGGUGAUGUCGUCACUGAAUACGUUGUGCCCGAUCCCCUCACUCUCCUUGAACAUGAAAACUUUGCAGCGGAUUACAAUUCUGUUUUUAUAAGGAGAUUUGCCAUAUUCGGGACUUUCAACCGCCAUCUGGGCUGGCUCUUACCAGUCAUGCUGUCGAUGCCAAGAUGGCUCCUCUUGCUUACCAACCCUCCAGCAGUUCUGCAAGUCUUUAGCAGAAUUAAGCUGAUAGAAGAGCAGGCUCGGAUUGUCACGCAAAGCGGCGGACCUCCGAAGCAGAAGAAAAACUAUCCACUCGUCCUCAGCAGCAUCUACCACUCCGACCUUCCAGCGCACGAAAAGACCUUGAUCCGCCUUGCCCAAGAUGGGCUCGUCUUGGUAAUGGCGGGCACAGAAACAACUGCCAUAACCCUAUCAGUGGCCACCUAUCACCUUCUCACCAAACCCCAUUUACUCAAAAGACUCCAGAUCGAGCUCCAAUCCAGCUUCCCAGCUGCCGCAGACGAUACCAUCAUCAGCUACCGUGACCUAGAAAAACUCCCCUUCCUCACCGCUUGUCUCAAUGAAAGCCUCCGUCUCGGCUCCCCCGUCUCUGGGCGCCUCCCCCGCAUCGAUCCAAACUCACCCAUCACCUACGGCGACCACACCCUACCCGCCGGCACCGCGAUCAGCAUGACCCUUCGCGACAUCCACUAUGACCCCUCCAUCUAUCCGGAUCCGCGAUCUUUCAACCCGGACCGCUGGCUCGAAGACACGGAUCGAGCCCGCAAGCUCCACGAGCACUUCCUCGUCCCCUUCGGCAAGGGCGCCCGAAGCUGCAUCGGCAACAACCUCGCCCUGGCCGGGAUGUAUGCGAUCCUGGGGAACAUGUUCCGGAAGUUCGAAGCGAUCGAACUGUUUGAGACGACGGCAGAUGAUUUUGAGAUGGCGUACGAUUUCUUCUCGCCGUUUGCAAAGUCUGAUUCGAAGGGCUUGAGGGUGCUGAUCAAGUAG